AUGUACAACCACAAAGAUGGCUACAUCCCUACACUGGAUCCACAUGAGGAUGAAAGUGAUUAUGAGAACCCAAGCCUGGAUGAGGAUGUAGACAGCAGUGUGGAGGAUCUGCUGAGUUUAAGCUGCUCCUUCAUAGACUCAAACUAUUACAAAGACCAUCAAGGGGUACACUCUGUAUCAGUUACCACAGAAACAAGCCCUCCUACCCUGGUCUUUCCCAGUAGAUAUAGAGACAGUCCCCAGCACAGCUCCCAGCUCCAUCCCAAUCCACAUCCCUAUCCAUAUCCCUAUCAAGAGACUGAAAACAAAUCCAUACCCCAUCACACUAUUGUGGUCACCCAGUUCAACCCUAACCUGUUGCUGUCAGGCAGUGCCAUGGACGGCUAUAACAGUGAGUCGGUGGACCCUGUGGGUGUGGUGAGCACUAUGGUGAAUCUGAAUGGACCAGGAGGACAAGGAGACAUGAUGGAUUCUGACAGAGAGAGCUUCCCUAUCCUGAUCAGGUCCAUGUCUACAUCACGGAGACACAGCUUGGGCAUGCCCAUGUCUCCCAUCGACUUGGGGAGGAGGCUGAGCCUGGACUCCAUAGACAGCGAUGGAGAGAGGGAUGACUCUCUCCUCCGACCCUCCCACCUACAGGCCUUUAUAUACCCAGGAUGCCCUGAGCAGGAAGUGGAGGAGUCAGAUGGGACAGACCUCUCCAGAUCUGAAGCCAAGGAGACAGAAACGGAGGAGGGCAGUCGGUCUGGAAGGACAUACUCCAGAACAGAGAUCCUGGCCACAGAUGAGCGUGUUCACGUUGCACACGUGUCUCGUGUGGUGGAGACAUCUAAGAGGGCAGCAGGAGGUCAGUGUGUAGAGUAA